AUGGCUCUGGGCAGGCACCUCUCCCUGCGGGGACUCUGUGUCCUCCUCCUCGGCACCGUGGUGGGUGGUCAAGAUCUGGAGGUGAGGCUGAAUGAUGGAACCCACCACUGUGAGGGGAGAGUGGAAGUGAGGCUCCAAGGAGAAUGGGGUACAGUGAAUGAUCACAACUGGAGUAUGGAGGAGGCAGCUGUGGUGUGCAGACAACUGGGGUGUGGAGGUGCUGUUGAUGCUCCCAAAUGGGCUAAAUUUGGACCAGGAAUUGGACCCAUUUGGUUUCAUUAUAUUUACUGCAAAGGGCCAGAGUUAGCUAUCACAGAGUGUAGUUAUCCUACUGUGAAAGACCAUCAUCCUGAGGGCCAUUCCCAUGACAAGGAUGCUGGAGCAGUCUGCUCAGGUAAGUGCUGUCUGGUGAGGCUGAAGGAUGGAGCCCACCGCUGUGAGGGGAGAGUGGAAGUGAAGCACCAGGGAGAAUGGGGCACAGUGAAUGAUCUGAACUGGAGCAUGGAGGAGGCAGCCGUGGUGUGCAGACAGCUGGGGUGUGGAGGUGCAAUUGAUGCUCCCAAGAGGGCUCAUUUUGGACCAGGGAUUGGCCCCAUUUGGUUUCGUUAUGUUUAUUGCAAAGGUCCAGAGUCAGCUAUCACGGAGUGUAGUUAUCCUCCUGUUAAAGAUCAUCGCCCUGAGGGCAAUUCCCAUGACAAGGAUGCUGGAGCCGUCUGCUCAGAUCUGGAGCUGAGGCUGAAGGAUGGAGCCCACCACUGUGAGGGGAGGUUGGAAGUGAAGCACCAAGGAGAAUGGGGCACAGUGAAUGAUCUGAACUGGAGCAUUGAGGAGGCAGCUGUGGUGUGCAGACAGCUGAAGUGUGGAGCUGCUGUUGAUGCUCCCAAAUGGGCUAAAUUUGGACCAGGAAUUGGACCCAUUUGGUUUCAUUAUAUUUACUGCAAAGGGCCAGAGUCAGCUAUCACAGAGUGUAGUUAUCCUACUGUUAAAGACCAUCGUCCUGAGGGCCAUUCCCAUGACAAGGAUGCUGGAGCAGUCUGCUCAGUUCUGGAGGUGAGGUUGAAGGACGGAGCCCACCACUGUGAGGGGAGAGUGGAAGUGAAGUACCAAGGAGAAUGGGGCACAGUGAAUGGCCACAAUUGGAGCUUGGAGGCAGCAGCUGUGGUGUGCAGACAGCUGGAGUGUGGAGCUGCCAUUAAUGCUUCCAGAGAGGCUCAUUUUGGACCAGGGAUUGGCCCCAUUUGGUUUCAGUACAUUUACUGCAAUGGGACAGAGUCAGUGCUCAUGGAGUGUAGUUAUCCUACUAUUAAAGACCAUCAUGCUGAAAGCCUUUCCCAUGACGGGGAUGCUGGAGCAGUCUGCUCAGAUCUGGAGGUGAGGCUGAAGGAUGGAGCCCACUGCUGUGAAGGGAGAGUGGAAGUGAAGCACCAAGGAGAAUGGGGCACAGUGAACGACCACAACUGGAGAUUGGAGGAGGCACAAGUGGUGUGCAGACAGCUGGGUUGUGGAGCUGCCACUGAUGCUCUCAGAGGGGCUCAUUUUGGACCAGGGAUUGGCCCCAUUUGGUUUCGUUACACUUACUGCCAUGGGCUAGAGUCAGUGCUCACAGCGUGUACCUAUCCUGUUCCUAAAGACUAUCACCCUGAGGGCCUUUCUCAUGACCAGGAUGCAGGAGCAGUCUGCUCAAUGGGCCACUUGAAGUGCAAAAAUGGAUAUUACCUGGACAAUCCAGAAAGUCAAACCCUAAUUCUGAUUCUGUGCAACAGCAGAUCUGGAGCUAAGGCUGAUCAAUGGAGACCAUAG